GAAAUUGACGUGACAUUUGUUGAUAAAUUUUUUGUUUUCAGAAAUGUUUUUUAUAUUAUUCUUAUCUUUUCAAGUCUAGUUCAUUAGAAUAGUCCAAUUCGAGAUAAUAGGUGAAUAGAAUUAUCCUAAAACCAGAAAAUAUGACAAUGGGAGAUGAAACUCCUGUGACAACAUUAAUACUGCCUGUAUUAAUACGCCCUAUUUUAUCAGAGUUGGAGAAACAAGAUGUAUCAGCAUCCCAAACACUGCGUUCUGCGCUCACGAAGGCAGAAGCUUCCCAUCCAGGACUUACCUAUGAUUUUAUUAUGGGCAUUUUACGAAAAGGCGAUCUUACUGUGAACAUGAAUGAGAGUAUCUUACGUUUACAAGGAGCUGUAUCAGAUUCCGAUGUGGUUGAAUACCGUCUAACUCGUUCAGAAGAUGCAUUUCAAGAAUUAAACAGAAAAUCGGCAGCUCUGAAAAGGAUCCUCAGUAGAAUUCCAGAUGAAAUAACUGACCGGAAAACAUUUUUGGAAACAAUAAAGGAAAUUGCCAGUGCUAUAAAGAAGUUACUAGACGCUGUGAAUGCAGUAAAUGGUUUCAUUCCAGGUACAACAGGAAAACAGUCGUUAGAACAACGAAAACGAGAAUUUGUCAAGUAUUCCAAAAAAUUUAGUAAUACAUUAAAAGAGUAUUUUAAAGAAGGACAUGCCAAUGCAGUAUUUGUUAGUGCCCUAUAUCUAAUUCACCAGACUAAUAUGAUAAUAACUACAGUAAAAAGCAAGUGCGAAUAGGAAAUGCGAUAGAAACACUAUACUGUUCUGUUUCUGUUAACAGUUCAAAUUAGCAAAUGACUAUGCAAGCAAUGGCAGGUUAAAUAAAAUCAGUAGUUCCUUGAGUUAUCCAUAAAUCAAUUGUGCGUGCUCUUUGUUUAUUACAGAAAUAUUCAAAUUUAUAUUAUGGAUAUUUUUAAUAGAUUCUGAUACUAUA